AUGACCCGACUCGUGAAACGCGAGCCCGGCACCGGAACGGGCAAUGUAGCCGCCGCCGCCGACUUGAGCGACUGUAGAAUUCUCCGUUCUCGGUACCAUGCCGUCCAGAAUCUCAUCCAAGUGAUCAGACCGAGGGAGCAAUUAGCUGACGCAGAGGCUCUGUUGGGGAUUACAAGCUCAUUGGUGAAAGGCGCCAAGCUCAAUUCCAAUGCCGUUACGCCUUCCAAAUUCAUCAAUUUCAUACUCAGAGACUUCGCCAGAGUCCAACAAUACAGCCAUAGUCACAGAACGAGGGCGUCUGUUAACUGGCAAAAGAUUGGAAUUUCAGUUUCACAUAUAUUCAAGCCCUUCCGAGGAUGCUCUACAAUGCUUGGCACAAACAGUGCGGUGAAGCAGAGGAAGCCUGCAGUCAGGAGAGGCCGACGACCGAGCAAACAAUUUGCCUUGCCUAAACAGGUUGAUCCUCACGUCGAGGAAGAAGAGAAGACAGGCACGACUGAUGGAACGAUGCUGACCAUGUUCAGCAUCUUGAGGAAGGAGAGGAAGGUGGAGCUUGAACACCUGGUAUUGAACAGGAGCUCAUUCUCACAGACGGUGGAGAAUUUGUUUGCGUUGUCGUUCCUUGUAAAAGACGGAAGGGUGGAGAUUCAAGUUGAUGAUGAAUCCGGUCGCCAUCUAGUCUCUCCGAGGAAUGCGCCAUCAGCCACUAUGAUUGCCUCCGGCGACGUUGCUUACCGGCAUUUUGUCUUCAAAUUCGACUACAGUGAUUGGCAGUUGAUGUGCUCCUCAGUCGGGGUUGGAAAGGAGCUGAUGCCACAUAGGACUCAAGAAUCCAGCCCAUCUGACUAGAAUCUAAAGGAGCUGAGGCUAGGAGCGCAAAGCCAAAGUAAUGUCUGCUUUUGAGGAUCAUCAUUGUUAAAUAUUCUCAAGUUUAGGCUCUGCAGAAAGCUUAACUACAAAAUGAAUUUUCAUGCUAAAGAUGUUACACAAAGUUGUUUGUUCCCUCUGUGUUCGAUUCAACUGAAAUCAGCUA